AUGCCUGCAAGAAUUACAGAAGAGUCAAAUGGAUUGACAGACUCGGUCAAUAUUGUCUCAAGAUUUCUCGCCCUCGAGCAGAUCUACAGCGCGAAUGAUCUCGACACAUAUCUUCAAACACUACAACAAACAAACGACAAUGCUUCAACCGAUGUGAUCAUCCUGUGUGCUUCGGCGAUCCUGGCGAUCCCGGAAGCAGUGUUCGAAUGGGCAGUCCAUCAGCAAACCAGCCCCGAAACGCGAAAAGGAAAUACAGUGCUGGUCCUAUGUGGUGGAGUUGGACCCUGCACACCAUUCGUCUAUAAUGCCAUAAAGGCCAGCAAGAAAUAUUCUCCAAUCUUUGACGAGAUUAAUGGCGAACCAGAGGGUCAAAUAUUAAAGACCAUGGCGGAGCGAUUUUACAGACUCAAGGUUAAUAACCAAAAGACUACACACGACGGCUUUAAUAUUAUAGUCUCGGACCGUUCUACAGAUUGUGGAGCUGAUGCCCUCGAAACUCGAAAGGUCCUGGACGGAUACGAUAUCAGCUCGCCUAGAUCAAUUACCGUGGUGCAAGACCCUGCCAUGAGCAUUCGAACAGUGUCAUCCUUCAAAGGCAUUUACCGUGACCAAGAAGUACGGAUUUCGAGUUGGCCGCAGACGACGCCCGAUAUUACAACCAACCAAGAAGAUACCCAGGCUGGAAAAGACAACAAGACAAGAGAGCUUUGGUCUAUGGAUCGCUUUUUGGAUCGAAUCAUGGGAGACGCUUCUUAUAGGCAAAGCGAGAUGGGAAAGGGCACGAAAAAGAAUGUUGAUAUCCCGAAUGAGGUAGAAGAUGCCUGGUCUGCUAUAAUGGAGAAGAAUAGCUUGGAGGUGUCAUGCUAG